AUGUCCAAAACCGCAGCAAGACCUUCCCGAAAAAAAACGCUACUGUUGCCGCACUUCGGACUCAAUGCUGAGUCCUCGCUGGACUUGCCCCUAUUUUGUGGAGGAUUCAAUGUUGUUGCCUCUGCCACCAUCGCUGCCUCUGCCACCAUCGCUGCCUCUGCCACCAUCGCUGCCUCUGCCACCGUUGCUGCCUCUGCCACCAUCGCUGCCUCUGCCACCGUUGCUGCCUCUGCCACCAUCGCUGCCUCUACCACCGUUGCUGCCUCUGCCACCAUCGCUGCCUCUGCCACCGUCGCUGCCUCUGCCACCGUUGCUGCCUCUGCCACCAUCGCUGCCUCUGCCACCGUUGCUGCCUCUGCCACCAUCGCUGCCUCUACCACCGUUGCUGCCUCUGCCACCAUCGCUGCCUCUGCCACCGUUGCUGCCUCUGCCACCGUCGCUGCCUUUGUCACCGUUGCUGCCUCUGCCACCAUCGCUGCCUCUGCCACCAUCGCUGCCUCUGCCACCGUCGCUGCCUCUGCCACCAUCGCUGCCUCUGCCACCGUCGCUGCCUCUGCCACCAUCGCUGCCUCUGCCACCGUUGCUGCCUCUGCCACCGUUGCUGCCUCUGCCACCAUCGCUGCCUCUACCACCGUUGCUGCCUCUGCCACCAUCGCUGCCUCUGCCACCGUUGCUGCCUCUGCCACCGUCGCUGCCUUUGUCACCGUUGCUGCCUCUGCCACCAUCGCUGCCUCUGCCACCGUCGCUGCCUCUGCCACCGUCGCUGCCUCUGCCACCAUCGCUGCCUCUGCCACCGUUGCUGCCUCUGCCACCAUCGCUGCCUCUGCCACCAUCGCUGCCUCUGCCACCGUCGCUGCCUCUGCCACCAUCGCUGCCUCUGCCACCAUCGCUGCCUCUGCCACCGUUGCUGCCUCUGCCACCAUCGCUGCCUCUGCCACCGUCGCUGCCUCUGCCACCAUCGCUGCCUCUGCCACCGUUGCUGCCUCUGCCACCAUCGCUGCCUCUGCCACCGUCGCUGCCUCUGCCACCAUCGCUGCCUCUGCCACCAUCGCUGCCUCUGCCACCGUUGCUGCCUCUGCCGCCAUCGCUGCCUCUGCCACCAUCGCUGCCUCUGCCACCGUCGCUGCCUCUGCCACCAUCGCUGCCUCUGCCACCGUUGCUGCCUCUGCCACCAUCGCUGCCUCUGCCACCGUCGCUGCCUCUGCCACCAUCGCUGCCUCUGCCACCGUUGCUGCCUCUGCCACCAUCGCUGCCUCUGCCACCGUUGCUGCCUCUGCCACCAUCGCUGCCUCUGCCACCGUUGCUGCCUCUGCCACCAUCGCUGCCUCUGCCACAGUUGCUGCCUCUGCCAACUUCGUUGUCUCUGCCACCGUCGCUGCCUUUCUCACCAUUGCUGCCUCUGCCACCAUUGCUGCCUCUGCCACCAUCGCUGCCUCUGCCACCGUUGCUGCCUCUGCCACCAUCGCUGCCUCUGCCACCGUUGCUGCCUCUGCCACCAUCGCUGCCUCUGCCACAGUUGCUGCCUCUGCCAACUUCGUUGUCUCUGCCACCGUCGCUGCCUUUGUCACAAUUGCUGCCUCUGCCACAGUCGCUGUCUUUGUCACCAUUGCUGCCUCUGCCACCGUCGCUGCCUUUGUCACCAUUGCUGUCUCUGCCACCGUCGCUACCUUUGUCACCAUUGCUGUCUCUGCCACCGUCGCUACCUUUGUCACCAUUGCUGUCUCUGCCACAGUCGCUGCCUUUGUCACCAUUGCUGUCUCUGCCACCGUCGCUACCUUUGUCAUCAUUGCUGCCUCUGCCACCGUCGCUGCCUUUGUCAUCAUUGCUGCCUCUGCCACCGUCGCUGCCUUUGUCACCAUCGCUGUCUCUGCCACAGUCGCUGCCUUUGUCACCAUUGCUGUCUCUGCCACCGUCGCUACCUUUGUCACCAUUGCUGUCUCUGCUACAGUCGCUGCCUUUGUCACCAUUGCUGUCUCUGCCACCGUCGCUACCUUUGUCACCAUUGCUGUCUCUGCCACCGUUGCCCCCAGGCCAAUCGUCAGCUAG